UACUUAAGUAUACCCAAGGAGUAUCUCACCAGAAUUAAUAUUUUACCUUGACUAAGUGAUGUGAAAACGUCAAAGACUUGUGAAAGUUUAUUUUGAAUGGAUGCGCCUUGGUAUUGAAGAUUCUUCAUUUGAAGAGGCAUAUGCUCCCAAAACUAAAAGAAGGAAAAUGACUAGUUACAAUCAUUCAACUCGAGGUAAUCCAGAGGGAAACAGCAUAUUACAGGAGGACCAACCUAAACUGACAGCGCCCCCUAACAGUGAUAAUGACUCUCUUAAUUCCUCAUUCGGCACAGUGUCUAGUCCUCCAAAGAAACGUAAGAUGUUCAGGAACCAGAAACAACUUGCUAAAGCCACACAGAAAUAUCACUCUAAGAAAGACACUAUGUACAGUGACACAGAUCUGUCUACUCUAGAUCAGACAGACACUCCAGAUUCUCUCAGCAUGAUCAGUGCCAUCAACCCAGUCUCGGAUAUGUCUAUGCAGACAACAUUUUCGCGCAUGCAGCGACCCAUGGGACGAGCCGAUGUGACAAUGGAAAGAGCAGUACAGCGUGCACGAGGACAGCCUGAUGGGGCAGAGAAGUCUUUCCACAGGAUGGCCAGUAAGGGAGUACAACGGUACCCUACCAUUGAGGAGGUGAGGGAGUCAGCUGAGGGUGUAACAGAUACAAGCUCCAACCGUAGUGAGGGAGACUCUGGUACACUGAUGCCUCCUCCAGCAGCCCUACAGCCAAUGGAGCGCAGGAAAUCAAUACGAGUAAAGAUUUCCAGAGCUGCUAGCAGUGCAGCAGGUAAACUUAAAGGGUUAAAGGCAAAGAAAAACCUGAAUGACAGUCGAACAGGAGUUAGUGCUGGGAAGAGGAGGCUGGAGGACUCGCAGGCGAUAGAAACAGAUGAAUCCAAGAAAACCAAACUGAAGGAGCUUCCAUUCAAGGACAGAAGGAAAGUGAGAAAAAUGUUGAAGAAUAAUUUCAACAUGAUUCAAAGGUCCAAACAAAUCUGGGAUGAAUUAAGGAGACAUGACGUGAAGGAGAAGAGGAGGUCGGAGUUGUGUUCAGAACUUAUGACUAUGGUCAAAGGCAACAUGAAGGAGCUUUCCUUUGCCCACGACACAGCACGAGUGCUUCAGUGUUUAGUGCAGUAUGGUACCCCAGAUAAAAGGGAGGAAGUCUUCAGUGAGCUCAAAGAUCAGAUGUGUGUGAUGGCCAAGUCAAAGUAUGCCAAAUUUAUCGUGAAGAAGUUUUUAGUGUAUGGGACAAAGGUACAUCGAAAUGCUGUAAUAAAAAGCUUCAAAGGAAGUGUGAGGAAACUGAUACGCCACAAAGAAGCAUCAGAUGUCGUGGAAUUUGCCUACAACGAAUAUGCCAUCGCAGCACAGAGGUUAUCAUUACUAGAGGAGUUUUAUGGACCCAGUUUUAUGCUUUUUAAGACUCCUGAUGUGAAGUCUCUGGAUCAGAUGUUACUAGUACAGCCAGACAAACGAGACAUGAUUCUCAGUAACAUGAAGGACGCCCUUCUCCCUCUCAUAGAAAAGGAAGUGCUGAAACACACAAUGGUCCACAGAGUUUUCUUUGAAUUCUUUGUCUAUGCAUCAGACAAGAUGAGGACGGACAUGGUUGAGUCUCUGAGAGACUGUGUUAUCCACAUGAUGCACACACGUGAUGGUUCCAGGGUAGCCAUGUACUGUUUCUGGUACGGUACAGCAAAGGACAGAAAGGUGAUCAUCAAGAGUUUCAAGACGCACGUAGUGAAGAUAUGUAAGGAGGAGCAUGGUCACAUGGUGUUGUUAGCCAUGUUUGAUGUGGUGGACGACACCAAGAUUGUACAGAAAGCCGUUCUCGAGGAAAUGUUGAAAUCUCUAAAUGAAGUGGCCACAGACCAACAUGGCAGGAAAGUGUUACUCUACUUACUGAGUCCCAGGGACCCCCAUCAUUUCCACCCCGACAUUGUACGUGUGCUCGUAGAGGGUGACAAGAAUCCUCACAGUAAGAAGGACAAGGCCGUACGACACCGGGAACUACUGGAGUUUGUGUCGUCCCAACUGCUCCAGUACAUUGUAGACAACACACGUGAUAUGGUCCUGGACAACGCUUCCAUGCUUCUUCUCCUGGCCAUUCUCACCCACGCUAUUGGCGAUCCUUCUGCAGCAAUGAAGGCAAUGGCCAAGAUUGCAGCAGAGCCAUUUGUAGCUGGAAGUCUGGACAACAUGCACAUAGUGGAGCAUUCAGCAGGUCACAUGACGCUAAAACGGCUGAUACAGAAUGACCGUGAUCGUAUCCAGGCAGGGCACACAGUGCUAUUUUCCCAAGUGCUCCUCGAUACCCUGACAGAAGGGUCUCUCAAGUCCUGGGCGGCGUGUAACAGGGGAUGCUUCAUGCUCAUAUUCCUGUUGGAGCUUGACCAUCCAGACAUUACAGACAGAGUGAUCACACAACUGACCGGUAUCAGGAAGGCACUAAAGAAAAUGACAUUUAAAGGAGCACAGAUUCUCCUACAGAAACUGGACGCUCUCAGUGGAGAAUACAAGCUCUGAAUAACUACAGAAACUGGACGCAUCCAAGCUCUGAAUGACUAUAGAAACUGGAUGCUCUCAGUGGAGAAUACAAGCUCUUAAAGACUACAGAAACUGGACGCUCUCGGUGGAGAAUACAAGCUCUGAAUGACGACAGAAACUGGACGCUCUCGGUGGAGAAUCCAAGCUCUGAAUGACUACAGAACUGGACGCUAGAGAAUGCACCUAGUGAAUAUCAAAGAAAAGCUUGGUAAAGAAUUUUGUUUUGAAUGGAAACAGAAUUGAAGACUUGUUGGAGAACUGAAAUAGUAAAAUUACAAAAACGGUGUAUCGUCCAUCAACUACCAGAACCACUGUAUCAGUUUUGCCUCUGUUUUAGUGGAGGAGUCUUGGCAAAGUCAUCAAUAAACAUUUCACCAGUUGAAGCAGAUGAAAAAACUUUUGCAAAUCAUGAUACAGAGAAUGAUAAUGAAUUUAAACAUACUUAUUUAUAUCUAAUAAAGAGAUUGGGAGAACAUCAUUAAACUGUUUAUAGGCAUGCUGAAUCCAAUGGUUGUGCAUGUAUGAUAAAUAAAUCUUGAGAAUGAUAGUCAGCUUUGUAUUUGCUUUAAAUACUAGUUUGGAUUUCCGAGUUAAACUAUGACAGCAGGACGUAUGUGUGUCUACAAAAGUAUUACUGAUGCGGUCAUUACACAAAUGUAAUGACAACUACUGUGUUGGGAUGUGCAAUUCCUUAUAUAGCUGUUUGUUGUGCAUUAUGACUGUAUAGGGGAUGGUGAUUGUCUUAUAAUUGUGAAUGAACAGCAUGGACUGUGGACACUACUUCAUUUACAGCUACAGAAACUACGAGAAACUACUGAUUCAAAAUGACAUUAUUGGGUAAAAAAGAAGGGUUAAAGUGAGAUCUAGCUAGAGUGGGUAACUGCAAAGGAAGAUAGACUAUCUGGAUACUUGUCAAAUAAAUAUGAAAAAAUAAGAAUUACAUAUGGCAUUAGAACAGUUAAAACAUCGACUAGUCAUCUUGUAGCUUCCUACAUUUUCUUGUUAAUGCAUUUUCCUUCAGUUUCCUCUUCCAUAUUUCUUUCGCACAAAACACAGAUACACACAACUUUUAGAAAUUGCAAGAGGCUGACACUUGGCUAGGUUUAAAUUUCAGAUUAAAUGCUCAAGUUUGCGAAAUGAUAAAACUAAAAGGAAAUGUAGGCUUUUGAUUUCUGGCAAAUUUUUCCUGACCUCUCCCGGUAGUUGCAAUGCAGAAAGUUCACCAUAUACUCCAUUUGAAAUUAAGGAACUGUGUUGGCAUCUAUUAGGAAAUUAUCUACCACUGGAUGGGAUUUCUAGUUUUAAUAUUUAUACAUUUUAUGACAUGUCCUUGUUGCAUUAUAGUUUUAUGUUGAAAUAAAUGUUUUACUCAGAAAAUAAAGUGAUGCUUUUGUU